CACAAUGUUGAUGUCAAAUUGCUUGGCGAAAUGGAAGUCAUUCACUCUAAGCUCAGCCAAAUAGAGAUCACGUAUGAGCGUUUUAAGAUCAAGAAAAAAGAUGAUCACGUAUUGUUAUCAUUCCACGACGCCGAUGAUGAUGAUAAAGACGGGAAAUUCGGUUACCUGCGCUCUGCUGUUGGCAAGACGCUUAUGCCGCUCCUAGCUAUGCCUCUUGUUUACCUUGAACCCAUCGGGCAAGCGUCAAACCUCAAAGAUAUAAUAGGGCGAGCCAACAAGGCGGCUGAUGCUAUUGCGAAAAUUGACAUCAACUUGUAUGGACCGCGUUGUGCUGCAAAGGAAGUUGGUGACACGCUAUCCCACGGCAAGCUGUGGUUACAGAAAUCGAAUCAUAUGAAGCGCGAUGUCAUAUACGACAACCCCCACUUCCUUCGUCUCGAAUUGAGUGGUGUUUCAAUACAACCUACGCAGCCAGCAACCCAAAGUCGUAACGAGGGCUCAGCGGGUAAGCAAAAACGACAAGAACGGUUACAAAAGUUGGUUAGAGAAGUAUACAACUCCAUCGACCGUUCUCGGAACCUGGACAAGGUGAAUGUCGGAGGAUUGGUCACCCAAGAGCUACUCUCACAUCAACAAGAAGCCCUCGGCUUUAUGGUGGAGAGGGAAUCUGGCGAUAUAAAUGAUAGAUACCGGCUUUGGGAGACGAAAACACUGGACAAUGGGACUGAGGAAUAUUGCCACAGAAUCACCAAACAGAAGAUUAAAAAUGGUAUACGACCAGACGAAAGUGGAGGCGGCAUCCUAGCUGAUGAGAUGGGCAUGGGCAAGACUUUAUCCAUCCUGGCUCUCAUCGUGAAAACUCUGGGUGUCGCUACAGAGUGGGCUCAGAAGCAAGAGAGUAGCGCUACUGUUGAAGACGAAAUCCAGAGAUCACGAUCAACUCUCGUGAUCGUUCCAUCUGCACUUUUGGUAUACAAUUGGAUAGACGAAAUCAACAGCUACCUUAAAAAGGAAGUCAAGAAGAUUAAAUAUCACGGGUCUGAUAGACCUACUGAGCUCGAGGAAAUCUUGGAUUCUGAUGUUGUUGUGACCACUUACAGCACUCUUAAAGCAGAGUUUCAGAACAAAUCAAAAAAGUCUCUUCUCCAUCGUGUUGACUGGUACAGAAUCGUUUUGGAUGAAGCGCACAUUAUACGACGUCGAGCCACACUAUUCUAUCGCUCCUGCGACGAACUUCAUGCCAGCUUUCGCUGGUGUCUGACAGGAACGCCUAUUCAGAACAAGCUUACGGAUAUUGGCACGCUAUUUGCUUUCAUCCGCGCGGAACCUUUCUCCAAAGCCGCAAUAUUUCGCAAAUGGAUCGAAGUUCCCUUUGAACAGAGCACCGAUGACUCCAUUGCAGCUACUGCUGUUAAAGACCGUCUUGUUAUGCUUAUUGAAGCUCUCUGUUUAAGACGUACAAAGGAAUCGAUCGACCUACCAAAUGUGCGGACUUGUUUGCGCGAACUUACUUUUACUCCUGAAGAGCGCGAACAAUAUGAGAAUACGAAGAAAAUUUUGACACGCAUGAUCCUCCAUCGUGUAGGUGAGAUUGAUAAGGCCUCUCACUUUGGGACCUUUCAGAUGAACUUGCAAAUGCGCCUCUUGUGCAACCACGGCACUUAUCAGCAGCCCUUCUCUUGGCGUCGCCGAAGCUAUCAAGAUGAACGAGAAGCUGCCGCUGGAGCUCUCGGUCAGAACCAUGAAAUUUGUUGCUCAGGCUGCCAGUUGCCAAUGCCAAUUUUGGGUUCUAGCUGGCUGCGUAGCGACUACAACAAGCGAUGUAACCAUGUAUUAUGCUCUGAGUGCAUCGAGGAAUCCGGCAAAAAAGCAGAGUGUCCUGUAUGCCUGUCAAGUCUUGGGCCAGAUAUGAUGAGAAACAACGCAUCGACAAAUGGUGAAGACGUUCCAGAUUGGCCCGCCAAUGAGGCAGCUGGAAACAGUGACGACCAUUACUUCAACAUGGUGGGCCAUUCAACAAAGAUGAAAGCGCUAAUUAAGGAUGUUGAAAAGGACUUGAAUGAGACAAAAAGUAUCAUAUUUUCUUGUUGGACCAGAACGCUGAAGCUACUGUCACGCUACUUGGAAGAAGCUAAUAUUCAAUACUUCUGUAUUGAUGGUACCUCUUCACUUUCACAGCGGCAAAAGAAACUAAAACAAUUUGCAAAGGAUGAUCAAAAGCGAGUACUCAUCAUGACUACGGGCACAGGGGGCUUCGGACUCAAUCUUACCUGUGCCAAUCGCAUCUUCAUUGUAGAAUUACAGUGGAAUCCCGGUGUAGAAAGCCAGGCCAUCGCGCGCGCUAUUCGGCUGGGACAGAAGUGCGAAGUAAAGGUGACGCGCUACCUGAUUAAGGGCACUGUUGAAGAGGAAAUGAGAUCCCAACAGCGAUACAAAAAGCAACUUGCUGCUUUGGGUUUCGAUGAGCUGCAUGAAUCUGAGGAUCACACAGUUCCAAGUAACCAUGAACCAAACAUGUAGAUAAUAUCUUAGAAUAGCAUAGUAUUGAUGAACUACCUAGAAGGCGAUGGUGUUCUUGCUAGCUCAGCUUACCUAUAUCCUCAAUAUUCCCAGCCAAUUUUCCGUUUCAAAUCUAGAUACUUGUUGAUAACGAU